AUGGAGUGGGAGCUCAACUUGCUGCUCUACCUGGCGCUCUUCUUCUUCCUGCUCUUCCUACUUUUCCUCCUGCUCUUCGUGGUCAUCAAGCAGCUGAAGAACUCCGUGGCCAGCACAGCCGGGGCGCUCCAGCCGGGACGCCUCUCGCUGCACCGCGAGCCGUGGGGCUUCGCCCACGAACAAGCGGUGUGA